AGAGAGAGGAAGAGUUUCCCUCCUAAAUAGUUUAAAUUUCAAAAUCAGUGAGCAGAAACGUCUCACUCUCUGUCCCAACGCAAAAUCAGCAAUUUCGGAUUUCAAGUGUAAUUGCACAAAAUCGCAGAUUCUCAGACACACUUUCUUCACUUUCUCUCUCCUCACCUCACAGACAGUCACACUCGAUUAUCAGCUUAACCUAACCUAAUCAAUCAUCAUCAUCUUCUUCAUCAUUACAUUUCCCCCAAAUCAAUCUUCUAUAAGAAACCCUAAUUUCCCAUCAUCUUAUGACAUGCCAGUGACUUACUGCGACGUUUUGGGAUUUCUUUGGCGAUCUGUUCAAGCAAUGGCUUGCUUCUUCGAUUGCUUUGGAGUUCGAAACAAUAAUCAUCAUCAUCAUCAUCGUCGUCAUCAACAUCAUCACAUUCAUAAUAAUCCUCGCCCUCAACUUGUUCCUCAUGAUUCUCCAACUUCUAAUGCAAGAGUUGGUGAUCAAGAAGAGGUGCGACAAAAGAUUCGUCUAUCGAGUCUUUUUACAGCUGAAGAAAAUGAUGAAACUGCUGCGAAAGCGCCGGAGAAUGAAGUGCUUGUGCGUCGGGCGGGGCGAUCCGAUGUCCAUGAAGAACUCGUGGAAGAAGCCAAGUUCCUUAAAGCAUGUGGUACACUGCCAGAGACUCCGGCUGAAAUCCGGAAAAGAGUUACUAUUGUGGAGAACUUUGACAAUUCGGACAUACAAAGACCAUGCAGUAUGCAAGAAUUUUCACCAGACACUCCAGUUGAAAUCCAAAAAGCAGAAACUUUGGAGAGACCUGACUUGCAAAAUUCUCCUAAUGUUCUGGAGUCUUCACCAGAGACACCUGAUGAGGUCCAAAGAGUGGGAACAUUUGCUGAAAAUUCAGUGAAAUUAGAUGCUCAAAGACCUCAGAGUGUGCUAAAAUCUUCACCUUAUCCAACUCCUGUAAAAAUAAGUGAUGACAUGCAAACACCAGGAACCGUGUUUGCGACAAAUAUGAAAAGUCUAACAAAAGGGAAUGGUCGAAUACGGUCCCAGUAUGUCUAUACAGUCUUAAAUCCAAUUGAGAAUCUUUGUCAGUUGGAUGAGUUGAAGGAAGAGGAUACUACCCUAAAUGCAUCAGAUCAUGAAGGAGGAUCAAAGCAAGGAAAUGCUACUCCUUCUGCAGUGGGUUCAAGUAAAUGUUCAGUCAAUGAAGAGAAACUUGGAGAUGUCAGUUUAUCUGCAUGGUUGAAGCCCCCAGCAUCUAAGUAUGAUGAUGAUCACCAUAACCUUGGAGCUGCCAGCUAUAGAAAGCCUAAAAUUGGAAGAACUCCUGGAGAUAGGCCUAUUAUCGGGCUGGUUGCUACUCACUGGAAUGAUCAAGAGGAAGCUUCUCAUAUUUCACCAAAGGGAUGGGAUGGUAAUGGCAUUCCAAAUUCAACAACUAAAUAUAAAGAGGAUCAGAAGGUUUGUUGGCAUGCUACUCCGUUUGAGGAAAGGCUGGAAAAGGCGAUGUCUGAAGAGACUGUUGCUCCCCAAAGGAAGCCCAUUACAGGGGCGCCAAUAUCCUUUGAAGACAUUGAAGGCCAGGAUACUGCUUCAUCACAACUGCAGUCAAUAAGUUGUCCAAAAUCUGUGGUUUCUUUUUGAACUCCUACCAUCAGGAAUUUUAUAAAAGUAUGAAAACGAUUGUUUUCAUUGACAACAAUUUGACAUUAGUUGUCCUUUCAGUGAAUAUAAAGAUUUCCCUGCGAGUGAAUAUCACUACGAAUAUGCUCGAUUUGAGUAGCCACAUGUUUUGGGAAGGGGUGGGGUGGAGGGUUCAGAGAAGGUAUAUGAUUGGAUCAAUUCAUGAAUUCAAAUGAUAUAUGCAACUUUUCAGCAGAAUGAAAUUUUAGUGUUUAUAUAGAGCCAAGAAAGUAAUAUGGAGUAUUUGCUGUAUUUCGACGUUCAUUAUCUGAUGAAUUGGUGAUGAUCCUCUAGUAAUAUCAUUGAUUAUGGAGUGCAUGUGAUAAUGUUAAUGUUGCCAUGACAGGCAAGAUAUUGCAACCUUACUUUUUUCUCACCUGUAAUGAUAUUUACUGUAUUUCGAGGUUCAUUAUCUGAUGAACCAGUGAUGAUCCUCUCGUAUUAUCUAGUAUAAUAAUGGAUGGCAUGUGCUAUGUUACUAUGCUUGAUAAUGUUAAUGUUGCCAAGACAGGCAAAAUAUUGCAACCUAGGUUUUUAUUACUCACA